CCGCUCUGCUUAGCUUGUCCAGCUCUCGAUAGCCUCUCUCAGUCGAAGGAGCGAGCGCCGCGUUCCCUGCGCCAUGCCCCGCCCGCGCGUCCUCGUCGUCGGCGCCGGCUCGUCUGGCCUCGCCGCCGUCCAGCAGUCGCUCCUCGCAGGCCUCGAGCCCACCUGCAUCGAAGCCAGGCCCGGCGUUGGUGGAGCAUGGCGGUACGACCCAGAGCCGGGCACGCCACGCGCACACUGGUCCGACGACGGCUGGCUCGCGCUCGAGUCGCCCAACGAGUCGACCUACCGUGGACCGCCGCCGCCGAGCCCGAUGUACUCGACCCUGCGCACCAACGUGCCCACGAGCCUCAUGCAGUACCGCGGCCGACCUUUCCCGUCGAACGUCGGCCUCUUUGCGCACCAUCAGCAAGUUCAAAACUACCUCGAGGACUUUAGCGCCUCGCUGCGCCCCUACAUCCGCUUCAACACGCGCGUCACGACGAUCCGCCACACCCUCCCCUCGGACCCUCGUCCCUCGUCCGGGUCGCGGCGCUGGUUCGCCUCGUUGCGCUCGACCCACGAGAACGACGACACGCUCGACGAGACGGCCCAGUUCGACGCCGUGUUCGUCGCCAACGGGCACUACUCGCGGCCGUACCUGCCCUGGAUCGACGGCUUGCGCUCCUUUCCCGGCGAGAUCUCGCACGCUCGAUGGUACCGCGACGCAGAACAGUUCAAGGACAAGACGGUCCUCGUCAUUGGCAACUCGGCGUCGGGCUACGACAUCACGCGCGAGCUCGCCUCGAGCAUCCACGCUCGUCGGCUCGCCGACCCGGCUGCGGCGCUGCCCAGGAUCUACCAGUCGGCGCGCUCGCCGGCGGCACUCGGGAUCCCGUGGGACGCGCCCGACGCGCCCGAGUACUCGAACGAGGUGCGCGAGGUGCCGCCCAUCAAGCGCGUCGAGGCGAGUCGCAUCGAGUUUGAGAACGGCGUGGUCGUCGAGGACGUCGACACGAUCAUGUUCGCCACGGGCUACUACUUCAGCUUCCCGUUCCUGUCGCCGGCGCACGAGCCGUUCAAGUCGCACCCGAUCACGUACUCGCCGACGCCGUCGGGCGAGCGCGGCGCGCCGUCCGGCGCCGAGGGCGGUAUCCGCAUGCACGGCCUCGACGACCGCUUCCUGUUCCUCCUCGCCGACCCGACCAUGGCGUUCCUCGCCCUCCCGUACCUCACCAUCCCCUUCCCCCUCGCGCAAACCCAAGCGCGCCUCGCCGCCCUCCAUUUCGCCCACUCGCCGCUCCUCCCGCGCCCGCUCACGUUCGCGCCCGACCCGUCGUGCGCCGACCCGCUCACCGGGCGCGAGGACGGCGCGCCAGAGAGCCGCGGACCCGUGACGUGGGCUGAGCCGAGGGGGAGGCAGUACGAUGUCAUGGAUCGCAAGGCGGAGCGGGACCUGCGCAUCGGCGCCAAGGCGCUCAGGAAGGCGGUGCUCGGGUAUUGA